AUGGCCAGCACGCUACACCCUAGCUCCGUGGCUGGAACCCCAGGGCCGCCUGCACUGUCACAGCACCUCCAAAACCCUGCAGACAUCGGCCCCUCAGCCAAAGGCUCAAUGGGCGCCUCUCUCUUUGCCAGUAACAUCGGCAGUGGCCACUUCGUGGGGCUGGCUGGGACAGGAGCAUCUUUGGGAAUCCCCACUGUGACCUUUGAAUGGCAUUCUUCAGUGCCGCUGGUGGUUCUCGGGUGGGCCUUUGUCCCCAUCUACAUCAGGGCAGGGGUGAUGACCAUGCCGGAAUAUCUCAAGAAGAGGUUUGGUGGGAAGCGACUCCAGAUCUACCUUUCCAGCCUCUCCGUCUUCAUCUGUGUGGCUUUGAGAAUCUCAGCAGACAUAUUUUCUGGAGCCAUAUUCAUCAAGGUGGCCUUGGGAUUGGACCUUUACCUGGCAAUUUUCAUCCUCUUGGCUGUUACUGCUCUUUAUUCCAUCACUGGGGGCUUGGCCUCAGUGAUUUACACAGACACCCUCCAGACCAUCAUCAUGCUGAUUGGGUCUUUUAUUCUUAUGGGUUUUGUUCAUAGGGGGAAUGCUUUCAACUGUGGGUGGGCAGUUGCCAUCUUGGGGUCCACAGCCUAG